CGUCGGCACCAUCGCGCCUGCGCCGCCCUCAGGCUAACCGCCAACCCGAUCCGCCCGGCGGCCUGGGACGGCGGAGCUCCGGCUGGCUGGCCGACCGACGGCGCUACGAAGUGAACACUCGACUCAGAAUUCCGCCAGUUCGCCGUGGCUUAAAAAUCUUGCCGCACUGCAACAAUCGUCUCAGUGUUUCAGGACGAUUUUCUAUGAUCAACAGCCAGGAGAGCAGGUUCCAAUUCUGCUCCUGGAACUCGAGGAGAAAAAAUGUAGGCUGCGGCAGUCCGGAUGAACUGCUGAAGAUAGCCCCUGCCGACUCUCGGAGUUUUGGGUAAUCCCUCAGGAUCCAGGAUGACUUGCAUCCCACUCCAGUUCCAUGAGUUGGCUGAUAUGGACAACGCGUGAUUCAUGGACUCUGCCUUAGAUGAGGCAAGAUGUCCCCGAUGGAGGAGGUGGAAGGGUGAGGAUGGAUUGUCCAUCAUUACAUAUGAAUCUGACACAGAAAAGAAACCUAGAAAGAAGAAAUCAAAUAAACCACCCGUGUCCCCAAAAUCUCCAUAUCUUUCAAACACAUACCUGCAUCCAAAAAAAGCAGCAGUUUGGAGGUCAUUGAAAGGCACAGGAACCAUCCACAUUGAAAACCCAUCAGUCAAGGUACCCAGAGAGCUGUGGGUGGCAUCACUCAAACAGAGUUUUGCUAUGUCCCAGUCACUGAAACCUGAAUGUGACUCUGCGUGUAGUCGAAGCUCAGGCUACACAAGUACACCAGAAUAUUUGAAAGAGGCGCUGGGCAUGAAAAAACCGAAGCAUUCACGGUCAGCCAGUAAUGGUUAUGUCCCUGGCACCCCUGACUACAAGGAGAAAGAAGACAUGUAUGAUGAGAUUAUUGAACUAAAAAAGAUUAUACAAACCCUUAAGGCCGAUAAUGAUAUCCUGAAAACAAAACUGAGACGAUCAGAGGAGGAGAACAGCAGAAAAGAGAAGCAGAUUGAGCAGUUGUUGGAACCUUCAAAGAGUUCGGAGUAUGCUAGGAACUUGGUUGAUAGAAAGAAUGACACUAGUGGGAUUGUUAAUGGAUUAAAACAGAGGAUCUUUAAAUUGGAGCAGCAGUGUAAAGAGAAGGACGGCAUCUUAAACAAAUUUCAAACUGAUUUGAAAACCACUAAUAUUGAGGAGAUGAAGAUUGCCAUGGAGACUUACUAUGAGGAGAUUCAGAGACUCCGACUUCUGUUAACGGACAACGAUACGGCAGAGAAAAGAUCAAUAGUAGAAAGCAGAGAGUUGCAGAAAGAAAUAAAAGUGCUCAAAUCAACAAUCCUCAGAUUAUCCAGAAGCCUCAAACAGUUACAAGAGGAGAAUAAAACUCUGAAGGCCAGCGUGGAACAAGAAUGCAGCAGCUCUUCCACAUCCAGUACAGCCCGAGGCUACAAUGAAUGGAGCAAAAGCAGGCUAGUGCGAAAGGUCCUUGAGCUGGAGAAAAAAAUUAACAGUCAUGAGCCAUGCAACUCAAAAGUAGGUGGCAUGAAUUUGGAAGAAAAGCUCCCACAAGCUGAAUGUAUCACAGUCCAAAUGCAACAACAGGAACAACAGCAAAUCAGCCAUCAGCAGGAAUGUAACCGCCUACGGGAACUAACAAAGAAACUGAAGGAGGAUCGCAUCAAUUUGCAGACCCAGCUGGCCAAAAAGGAUGCUGAAGUAAAGCAACAGCUUCAAGAAAAGGCAAAAAUGGAGAAAGACCUGCGGAGAUUAAAGGAAGUGAAUAAACCUGCUGAAGAAAACAAGCAUGAGGUUAGUAGUCUGAAGGAAAGGGUAAGACAACUGGAAGCAGAGUUAGAAGAUCAUCAGAGAGUGAAGAAACGACUGGAAGCGGAGUUAGAAGAUCAACGAAGGGUGAAGAAAAGAAUGGAAACAGAGUUGGAAGAUCAUCGGAGGGUGAAGGAGAACAAUGACUUCGCUAAGAAAGAAGACCUUGAGUUGGUGGAGGCUAUUACUAUGAUUCAAGCUUGUGCACGGGGGCACUCAGCACGGCAGAAGUUCGAGGACAUGUACUCUGUAAAUCUGAAGCAGAUGCCUGGAGCCUCCUCUUGGCAAUACAAGAGUCCUGACAUUUCUCACAACAACACUAUUCAAAACCAAAUCCAGACAGGCGAUGAGAGAGAUGAGGCCAUCUCCUUAAUCCAAUCCUCCUUCAGGGCUCAUCUGACUCGGUCACGGUAUCUCAAAGGAAGAAAGAACAUGUCUGCUGGAGACACCAGGAGUAACUCAGUCAUUGUGAGGAAAUCCAGUGAUGCCCUUCACCAGCCAAAGUAUUCAGGUUCCUGCAGAGAUAAUGAAAGUAGUGAUGAAAUAGAAGAGGAUCUAUUCAGGCAUAAAGGCACAGAAGAUGCAAAAUACUUAAAUAAAUUUAAACUCUCACCAAACAGUCCUUCAUCGGGUAAGAACAUGCGGAUUCAGGCCACAGCGAGAUCCAGCCAAAGCCUCUCUCGGGUAUCAGGAGAAGUGGAUUCUGACGAUUCUGACGAUGUCAUUUUGUUUUAACUUCAUGGCUACUGAAACAUCAAGACUGACUUUUAGAGGUGGAUUGUUCCACUCCAGGAGCCUUCCAAGAAAAAUGUCUUGAGAGUUGAUAGGCGAGUAGUUGAGGAAUUUAAUUUUGUUUGAUGAUAGAUAAAAAUACAGAACUCAUGGUGCACAAAUGGAAAGGGCUAAUUGUUAAUGGUGAAUUUAAUACUGUUUUACAAAUAUAUAUGAUAAAAGUGACAAUUUGCCAGAUAUGUUCAGCAGGUCAAGCAGCAAUUGGGUACAUAGAGGUAUGUUUUCUGAGGACUACUUAGUGCCAUCUACAAAAUGCUUUUUAGCAAUUCACCAAGGCUGCUUUAACACAACUUCAGAAAACCAUUUCCUUUGCCACCUUGAAGGAAGAGGUCAGAAGCCACAUGAGUAUGCCAUCACCUGCAAAGUUCAUUCCAAGUCACAUGCCGUUCUGGCUUAGAAAUAUAUCAGCAUUUCAUGGAUUUCUGGGUCAAAAGAAUGGAGUUCCUCAUUCAGCAGCAAUAUGGGAAUACGUCUAAUAGAGGUUCUGCAGCACGAGAAGACAACGGCUCACCACUACUUUAUGAAGAGGAAUCAGGAUAUAAUUUAAAUGCUAUGCUUCCAAGCAUUGCCUACAAUUUAUGGCCCAAAUCUAGCAUCAUUAUCCCUCAAUGGAAAGAAUUUUUACCUCAACUUCAGAACAUUUGCUUAUUUGAAUUUAACCUUACAGCCUAUUUCUUUGUGUAAUAACUCAAUCAAAAAAGAAAACACUGAAACAGCUGACAUCUGAAGGUUUGAAACAUAAAUUGCUGAAAGCUACUACCUAAUUCCAAGAGGCUAUGGACGAUGAGUGUCCUUUCCACCUUGGGAAGCAGUUCACUAGCAGCCCCGAGCCUCUUGUUGCUGCCACUCACUCCCACCCUGCCUUGUCUGUCUGUGGCCUCCUGCACUGAUUUAAUUAUGCCUAAUGUAAGCUUGAGGAACAGCACCUUAGUUGGGCACAUCCUAGACAUUUGGGCUACGUCAAAUUCAAAAAUGUAGGUGAUUUAUUGUCUCUAACAGAAUGGGCCAAGCCAUUCACGUGUGCUCUUGGCUCCGUUCUUCUCUCUCCAAUAGGAAAGCCUGACCUAUUCUGCCCUGACAAAGUGCCUUCAACCUGAAAUAUUAACUCUGCUUCUCUUUCUACAGAUACUGCCUGAUCUGCUGAGUAUAUCCACCAUUUUUUGAUCUGGCAAAAUAGUGUUAUGGAGAACGGUGCAGCAUAGGAACUAGCCCCAUCGGCCCACAAUGUCUUUGCUGAUGCCGACAAAUUCUCUUAGCUAAAUAAUUUCAUGCCAUUUUCUGUAUAUCCAUGUGCCUAUCCAAAAACCUCUUGAACACCGCGACCAUAUCUGCCCACACUACCCAGGCAGCGCAUUCCAGGCAUCCACCAACCCCCUGUAUGAAAAAAAAACCUGCCUUGCACUUCACCUUUAGACUUUGGCCCUUUCACCUUAAAGCUAUGCCCUCUAGUAUUUCAUAUUUCAUUCCCGGAAAAAGUCUGCACUAUUUAUGCAUCCCAUCAUUUUUUAUACUUCUAUCAGACCUCCCCUCAACCUCCAGCUUUCCAGAGAAAACAAUCUAAGUCUGUCUAACAUCUUGUUGCUAAUACCUUCUAAUCCUGACACCAUUCUGAUGAACCUACUCUGUGCCCUUUACAAAGCCUCCACACACAUCCUGUAUUGGGGCGACCAGAACAGCACACUAUACUCCAAAUGUGGCCGAACUAAAGUACUAUAAAUCUGCAUUGUGCCUUCCUGACUCUCAUACUCAAUGCCUCGACCAAUGAAGGCAAGCGUAUCAUGUGCCACCUUUACCACUCAAUCUACUUGUGUUGCCACUUUCAGGGAGCUAUGAACCUGGGCCCCAAAUCCCUCUGUACAUCAUUGCUGUUAAAGUUCUUGCUGUUAGUUGUAUAAUUUCCUUUUACAUUUGACUUCUCAAAGGGCAAAACAUCACUCCUGCUUGGAGUAAUCACCACCUUCCAUUUCUGUAGCUGAUCUAUAUCCCACUGUCUACUUUGACAGCCUUCCUCACAGUCCAUGCCUCCAGCAAUCUUGGUAUCUGCAAACUUACUAACCAAUCCAUCUACACUUACGUCCAAGUUAUAUUCAUAUAUAUAUAUAUUUAAUCACAAUAAACAGCGGUCCCUGCAGAACUCCACUGGUCAAAGAGCACCAACCUGAUUAUUAGCCUUCCACCACAACCGUCUGUCUUCCAGCAGUAAGCCAGUUAUGAAUACAUACAACCAAGUCACUGUUAAUCCCGUGCAUCUUAAUUUUCUGGAACAACCUACCAUGAUGAACGUUAUCAAAUGUCUAACUGAAAUCCAUAUAGACAACGUCCACUGCCCUACCCUCUACGAUUACCUUCAUUACCUCUUCUAAAAACUCGAUCAUUAGUAAGACAUGACCUGCCGCAUACAAAGCCAUGCUUACUGUCCCUAAUUAGCCCAUUCUCUUCAAAUUGGAGUAAAUCCGAUCCUGAAGAAUUCUCUCCAAUAGCUUCCCUACCACAGACGUGAGGCCCACUAGCCUGUAAUUCUCUGGAUUUUCUCAACUUCCCUUCUUAAACAAAGCAACAACAUUAGCUACUUUCCAGUCCCCCUGGACCUCGCCUGUGGUUAGAGAAGAAAACUCAUUGUCAAGGCUCCUGCAAUCACCUCUCUUGCCUCUCUCAAUAAUCUGGAUGAGACCCCAUCAGGCCCUGAUAAUUUACUACCACCUGAUAAUAACACCACCACCUUUUUAAUCUCACAUUAACAUUGCAUGUUAGUAUUCUCCACAUUGAUCUCCAUGUCCUUCUCUGGAUGCAAAGUACUCGUUUAGUGCCUUGCCUUCAUCCCCUGAGAGGUCCAGAAUUUUCCCUGGCUGCCAUCUUGCUUUUAAUAUAGGUAUAAAAAGAUGGGAUUUCCAAUAUUCCCACUCGCUAAAGUCAUUUUGUGGCCCCUUUUGGCCAUUCUAAUUACCCGCUUGAGUUCUUUCCUCCUUUCUUUAUAUUUAUCAAAGGCUCUGUCUGCUUUUAUCUUAAAUUUUGCAUACAUAUCCUUUUACUUUUUGACUAAAGUGACUACUUUAGUUAAGUUUAGUUCCCUUACUUUGCCCUCCUUAUUCUUCCUCGUCACCAUCAUGCAUCUAUUCAUUAGAUCUUGAGGUUUGUUUUAUAAACUGCAAUCUGAACAAAACCCCUCAGAAGCCAGAAUGCUAUUAGAAAAAGUUGCAUCUGACCUUCAUGAACAUGAACGAGAUAUUUGUCACCAGGAAAGCCAUGCAGGUUUAACACUUAAACUUCAAUAUGGCCUGACCAGUAUCUGAUUCUGUAUAAACCACCCAAGUUUCCUCCCUACAUAAAGUACAAUAAUUUAAAUAGUUUGUCAAUUGGGUUAUAAGACUCAACAUUCCAAAAUGGGCAGCUUUGUGGGAUUUAGAAAUGUGCUGGAUGGAAAUCAUUUUACAUGUCUAUUAUGACGGGGUAAUACAUUUGACCAGAAAAAGUGUCUCCUACCUUUCUCAUGUACAUUAAACAAAAACAGAACAUUGUGGACACUGGAAAUCAAAAUAGUAAUGGAUAUACUCAUUUGGUGAGACUAUCUGUGGAGAAGCACAACUGUUACAUUCGCGUUCCAUAUCAUUUCAUCAGGUCUUUUAUUAGCAGAUGUGACCUGACCUGUGGACUGUUACUCGUAUUCACAUAAUUAUGGAAGUUAUGACACUAAUUUGACCCAUGGUGAUUGUGCUUGUUAAAAAAGACCGCCUAAUUCCAACAUUGAGUCCAUUACUCUGCAAGUCAAAACUCUUCAGGUUCACAUCACACUUAUUAAAUGUGAUGAAGGGUUUUGCUGACCUUUGAGCAUUAAUUUCCCGACUACCGCUUUAUGUUUUGUCUCUUCUCCCUGCUACUCCCCUAUCCCCAUGGACUUAUUUUCUUUUUAUUAAACCAUUUGUUGUGUGCUGACUUGUUAAAAACCUUGCUAGAUAUCAUAAGACACUGACCUUAUUAACCCUCCUUAUAUCUUUCAUUAAAAAGUUCUCAUACUUGAGCUUUUAUAUCUUAUUUCUAUGCUUUGUGGCUUUCCUGUUGCAGAAGUGUACGUUGCAUUUUUUAAAAACCAUUCAUAGAAUAUAAAUGGUGAGACUGGCAGUUGGUUCCCAUGCAUAGUUUCCCAUGGGGUGAAAACCUUGGGUUUAGAAUUGUCACAAUGCUGUUAGAUAUGGGGUUGCAGAGCAUUGAUCAAAUAACAAUUUAAAACAUCUGGUCUCAAAUUGGAAUAUUGCAGCCCUUGGAGAGGAACAUUUGAAAUGGUUUACUCGGGUAUCUCCUGAUCUCAUAAUUUCUAGAUUAUUAAGCAUUGUGAUGAAGCUUUGACAAGAUUCUGUUGUACAUCCAGUAAAUACAUUGCACUUCAGCCACAUGGUGAUGGAGCUGCCUGAAGAAUGGAUUACUUUAUCAUGGAUAAUGUUGAGCUGCUUGAGUUGGAGCUGAAGCCAUCUUAGCAAAGUUGACAGUGCUUUCACAAUCCUGACUUGUGCCUUUCAAGUGGUAGAGAUGCUUUGACAUUGUAGAAGAUUCAUGUAUUGGAAUAUUGGGGGAAUUUGCAGUGAUGAGCUUGGGUUAAGGAACGGAUAUCAUUACUUUUGAAUAAUGUGACCUAUCUGAAUAUUUUGAUAAUAGCAUCUUCCUUGCAAUUUAUAUUGGAAGAGAGGAUAUUUAUGAUAUUUUCUGAUUCUUAUCAAUCGUGUAUUUAUGAUGCAUAAUUUUUGUCGUAUUUUUGUAAUAUAAGAUAUAUAUUUUAAUUUUUAUUGUCAAUAAAUAUUUGAAAUAAACUUUUUCUCAAAUUUUA